CCGUGGUGCGCGCGGGCCGUGGUGAACGCACACACAACAGGUGUCCCGGCGCGAUCGGCUCUCCCGCGGUACCGGUUCGGCUCGGUUCUCCAUUUUGCUUCCCCCUUGAGGUGUUGUUACUCCCCGCACUCGCCUUUCACUCCGGGACGGACGGAGAGCGAGCGGAGGCCCGCGCGAGAACCGAGAGCGUGAUACCCGCGUGAAGCGCGUGUGUGGUGAACCCGAGCGGCCAGGCGCGGAUCGGCGUAACAUGAUGUCGGAGACCGUGGUGACCAUGGACGGUUCCAGCAACAACGCCAGCAACAAUCCGCGGCAGGUGCCGACGGUGAAGACGGAGCCGGGCCAGCCGAAUCCGCUCGCCGGCAUCAGGCUCAACGUGUCUUACUUCAAGACCAUACCCGGUAUCCUCAAGCUGGUGCAGCUGGGUCUGGGCAUAAUAUGUAUGGCGUGCGCAUCUCCAGCGUACAUAGGUGCAACUCAUUGGUUUCUGUUCGUCGCGGUGGUGUCUUUCAUAUCCACACUUAUAUGGAGCGCCAUAUACUUCCUAUCCCUCCGGGAGGUACUUAAGGUGCCCAUCAACUGGAUCCUAACUGAACUUCUAAAUACGUCUAUAAAAACCGUGCUUUACAUGAUCGCAUUCAUCGUCCAGUUGUCGGCCUGGAGCGCAUACAGAGGUUCAUCAGCGAAUAUCGCUGCUGGGGUAUUUGGAAUCUUCAAUACCAUCGCAUACGCCGCCGGGGCUUAUUUCCUCUACGUCGAAUGGAAGAGCACUAACACGCAAUGAGCACUGUCGGCCUGCAGAGGACAAGCCAGGUACCUGAAGAGCAUGCAACAACAACAACAAUUGCCGCGACCAGACUCGCGACUUCUCAGCGUCCGUCCAAGAAAAUUUUGGCACGAUCCCAAGAUCGUGCUCGGUAGGAAAGUCAACGCUGGGAGGGACGGCUUGAAACUAGUCCGGCGUGAUCCUCCUCAGAUCGUGUGUAGCUUAAAAAAAGACUCUGUACCUACGUGCCUUAAGAUUAGUUACUUGUCGUGAUCGUCGUUAGAGCGAAGCUCGGUGCUACGUCAAGGAGAGUCGACGUAGAAGCGAACGGAGUGCUAUGUUCAAGAGAUCUGUCUGAAGACUACAAUGUUACAGUCACGAAGUCUACGCGAGAUCGUGUCAUUUUAUCGGAAAUUGUAACAUAGAAGUAAUCUAAGAAAUGAAAUUUACAUCGAAAUCUCUCUAAACGCGUAAGUUCCGGUAAUCUCGGUAUAGUUAUUUAAAUGUUAUAUAUCUAACCUGCUUUGGUUAAUAAAGAAAUACAUCUGUAUCUUUAGGUAAAGAUAAUAUAAGCAUAAAUUCUACUUUGUGGCCGAAAAGAUGUACUGUAUAAUUCAAUUUUUCACAAAUGUCAUCUGUUCUUUUUAUUAGUUUAUCUCAAUUUUGAAACUUUAUCAUUUUACAUAAAUUGCGUGUCUUUUAUAUUAAAUAUCACACAAAUGCUAGGACAAUCCCUGUAAAAUUACAUAUGAGACUGGUGUGUCGUUUCGUUUGUAUUGCCACUUCGACCCUUCGGCAGACGACAAGAUAAAUAGUUUUAAGAGACCUUGAUAUAUCAGUGUGCGGUAAGUUUCCGGAGGGCUAUCAUUGGCUUUCGUACAAUUCAGAGACGUGGUGCUUACGGUUUUAUAGUCUACAGCUACUUCAGCGGAGUCUAGAUGAUUUUCGCAUUGUAAUUACGAGAAACGUUCAAUUCGCUUCUGAUUAUCCCAACGGAUUAACUUCUUGUGCAACGGAUAUAAGUGCGUGAAACGUUAUUUUCUAACCGUACCCUUGCGCACUCUCGCGAGAUCUUAUUUAUAUACACAAACAUAUAUAUAUAUUUCUUUAUACAUAAUAUAAUAUAUGGCAUAAGUAUAUAUAUAUAUAUACACAUAUCCUCUCUAGAUCGGAUACAGUGUAAUUUCUUUUUACAUUCUCCCCCAUUCUCAUGUAAAUUGUGUACUUGAUAUGGAUUAAGGGAGGCUCUUGUCUCAACGGAAUCGGUUAUGGAUACAGCUUAUAUCGAUCGUUUUUUCGUUAUGUUUCUAUGACUAUGCAGAAGUUUAUGUUUAAAAAGUGCUUUUGCGCAUUUCUCAACAGCUAUUGCCGCGUGAUAACACCGACGCGCGACGUGAUUAGCUGGAACUACAAGUGGACAUUACGUUGGCAAUUAAGAUUAUGCCCACUCUUCUUAUUACCACAUUCAGCGUUGAGAGGACGCACUCGCUUACUUAUCUCUCCCGCUCAUUCGUUAUUUUCCGCAGUUCAGGUAGCAUCGACACUUACGCAUUUACCCUCGAAAAAUUGUUUAUCACAAUAUUGUUAUGUAUUCGUUUAUAUGUAGCACUUGACCCACAUCGUAAUUGACUUAUGUGCGCGCGGUGACAUAUACAAUACAUAAUAUAUAUAUACAUA